CUGGUGGGUGGUCGUUUGGUUUGCGCGUUGUUUGGAUUUGAAGUGGGGACGUUUUAAAUAAAAAUAUCAUCUUUACCGUGGUGUUCGUCUCGACAUAGCCUCCCCUGACCAUGGUGUCUCCAAGCUACUCUGCCAUUGCUGACAUCCGGGAGAUCAUGGCUGGCAAGAAGCAGGGGCCUCUGAAAGCAGCCAAGCUGAACUUGUCGCUGGCUUCCAAGAUAAAGUCCAAAAACAUCAACAAUUCUUCCAUCUUUAAGAUCUCCCUGAAGAACAACAACAAGGCCCUGGCCCUGGCUCUCACGGCCGCGAAGGAGAAGUACCGGGCGCUGGAGACGGAGACGGUCCGGCUGCAGAGGGAGGUGCAGAAGCUGCUUUUCGAGAACGCGUCCUAUCGGCACAGGCAGAGCCAGCUGCUGUCACUCCUGAGGACCCUGCUGGAAAGUACUUAUAGCACAAUGGCUACGGCCGCAGACCUGUGCUCUAAUGCAGAUGACUCCUCCGAUCUUCAUGCCCUCAGAAGUGAGUGUUUCUCCACCAACACUGCUGGGACCCGGGCACCAUCUCUGGCUGCUAGGAUGCUGACCAGAGCUUCCCGCUCCGUAGGCGGUAGCAAAGCUUCUUCCGAAGUCCAGUCUGACCCGGUUCAACAGCAUCUGAAACCGAGCCACAGAACUGACUUGGGAAACACCCCCGACCCUGAGCAAGAAAAGGCUUCACUGCCUGAGCAAAGACAUUCCAAAGGGAGCUCUUGUUGCCCUGACCCCGAAGCAGCGCCAGCCCGUCCGUGCCCAGCGAGCGAGCGGCCCUCUCGAGGCCCCAGCGAGGUAGAAGUGAAGAUGAAGAAAUGGACAGACUUGUACACCGAUGCAGAAGAGGUGCCCUCCCAGGAUAAGCCUGGCUGUCUCCCCGUCAGCGAGCCAGCGGGGCGCAGAACAUGUGCCGGGUCCGCGGCCGAGCCUCUCCCAGACGCCCCCCCGCCGCCCGAGGAGCCCCCCGGGCGGGAGUCCGCCGCCUUGGAAACGGAGAUGGAGUUGACCUUCAGCGAGGCGUCCGCCACCAUCGUUACGGUGGAGAGCAAGCCCAAAAGAGCGGCGAAGAAGAGGAGCGAGGCGGGUCCGAGGAAGAAGGAGCAAGCGGCAGGCGCUCUGAGGUGUGCGAAAGCCCCGGCGCCACCGGAGAAGAAGAAGAGGAAGAGGGCGACUGCUCACGGCAAGGACGCAGGUCCAGGUGUUGCAGACGGGCAGUUUGAGCCACACGGCCCUGGUAUAAAAGAGGACCGGUCGCCUACUCCCAAGCAGCAGGACGACGACGACUGCAGCAGGAGAACGUUUUUCACCUUCCGCAACCUUAAGGACCGCAGGGAUACGAGGAACAUUUCAAACAAACCUCCCGAGAACGUUUCGCUGGGCAGCGGGGGUUUAGGCUGCUUGGAGGCUGACGCUUCUGGGGCGGAAAAUCCAAGGAAAACGUUUGUGAUCUCCCACAAUGAAAAUGCCCGAAAUCCCAGAGAUCAUGGGAGGAAGUGGGCUGGUCAUGGCCAACCAGGCAUCUCAGCACCACCCGAUGAAUGUGACACAGUGCUUGACUGUCAGAUUCCAGGCACAGCUUUGCGCGAUGUUAGUAGUGUGGAAAAUGCUGGGGGAAGGAAGGCUGAAGCAGACUCUGUGUUAUCUGUGGCUGACUCUGUAGACAGUAGGCGGACGUACGUGAUCGCUGGUCCUUGCAGCGUGACUGGAGUUCAGAACUCUGAAAGCAAAGACAAAAAGAAAAUGCACAAAGUGCCUAAGGUGAAAAGUGAAGAAGGAGAUGUUUUAAGCAUGAACAAGUUCUCCACAAGUCAGAACACAGAUUCUGCAGCGAAUAGGCUAACCUUUGUUGUCACUCACAGAGAAAAGCUUGUUCCCGAUGUUGUUAACCACAGAAGAACGAAAGUGCUCUUCGUGACAACAGACGCCGAGUCCGUCGACCCUGAAAGAAAUCACAAAUCCCCCAGCUAUGAUCCUCUGUUGUCUGAAGAUGGCAAUGAAAAAUCCACAGCUACAAUGGAGUCAGUAACUAGCAAAAAAGGCCAGAAUAAUCAAGCCAGGAAUCAGUCGAGUAAAAAGAAAUCCCAGAGUGGGAAACGGAAAGCACCUGUUCCUGAGCACCCGGAGGACAUAUCCGAGCCUCAGAGGGGGCCUGUGCUGGAGCAGUCCGCUGUCCUGAAUGACCUGAGGAAGCUGGUCACAGAAGAGAGGCCUCCCUGGGAGCUCUUUCCUGCCUCCCCAGAGAGCUGUUUCUCCAGUCCUCCCAGACAGCAGGGGUCGCUGUCUCAUGAGGAGUCGCCGCCACAGCCCGCUGUUCAACAGGCCUCGCCCCCGAGAACAGCAGACAGUUUGCCAGAUGGAAGAGUGCUCAAGUGUUUGAUGAACACCAACCACUGCUCCGGUGAAGAGUCGGGGAGGAAGAGGAGAUGUGCCUCUGCUGCUGUCUGCUACGCAGAUCCACCAAUCAACUGUAAAUUGAGACGCGGAGACAAGCACACAGACACCAGGUUCCUCAGCUCGCCCAUUUACAAAAGGGGAAAGAAGCAUGGCAAGAGAGAGGAAAUGAAGGCACGGGUGAAGAUCGAAGGAGUUUGACUCCAGGAGCAGUUGAAUAUUUAGUUUAUUCUUAUUUUUGAGUGCCUGUUUGAAUAACGUUUUAGUGUUCUGUCACAAUUGCUUUAAAUACCAUUUUUUUGCAAUAAAAUAUGACUUUUAUCUUUUG